UUAAAAGAAAGAUACGUGUAAAAAAUUACACGUAUUCCAAGUAUUUGGAAACUGUUUCGUUUCCACAAUGUAAAAUACUCACAAUAUAAAAAUAUGAAUGCCAUACGAUAAAACGCUCGAUCACACUUUUCAUGCAAGAAAUAUUUGUAUGACUGUUAUCUAUUACUUUCAUAAGUUUUUGACCACACCAUGAAUAGUGUGUUAUUCUCAAUUCAAUAGUAAUAUGUACUGAUGCGCUCUCCUUUAUAAUAUACAUUUAUUUUUUUAUUUUACUUUUUCUGCCUCCAAUGAUUAUUUACACAUGUAUUAUACUUUGUUUAAAUUACAAUUAUUAUUAAAAUGAUUUUACAAGUAUUUGUAGCAUUAAUGAGAAAUUGACAAAUAUACGAAAAUAAAAUCACGUUCAGCAGACGGAAACGGAUCAAAUAACAGAUAAUAUAAAUAUCAUUUCAGCCCAUUCUCUAUGCCCACUAGUAACAUUUUGACGGUCUGACAUUUUUCCAAAUUAUUACAAUCCAUUGAAAAGAGAGAAAAAGUGAAUCCUUAUAUUGAUUAUUUCCUAAAGUAACUAAGAGCCGGGACUAAAGAAAUAUUGUGCGCAUUUAAUCAAUCGAUAAGCAGAUUAGUCUGUUUUAAAGAUGUUAAAUGCUUCUUCGCACUGUCAGGCUGGAAGUAAAUUUUACUAUUCUGUCAAUCUCUUGUUUUGCUCACCUCUUUCUUAACCACUGUUUUUAGCCUCACACUUUCCGUCAUGUGGCCUGCAUUAAGGUCAUGGAGCAAACCCUAAACCACUCGGUACAAACCAGUCCUUUCCUCCACAAAACUCAACAGAAAUAUAAAAAAGAUUAAUUUAACAACUAAAUUAUUUAACUGAGCAAUAAUGUUGUAUUUGUAUUAUUCAACAGUUGUCAUCGCAAGUAAUUCUGUAAAAAAAUAUUGUAAAUGCAAGAACAGUUUAUACUUUAAUGCAAAUGUAAAUAUAGUGUUUUUUCAUAAACAUUCCGUAAACCCUAAAGAAAAAAAAUGCUACAAAAUGUGCAGCUCUCUGUUCACGAGAUAAGAAACUCGCUGCACAGCCCCCAUACAUUCAAAGGAGUAAUUGCCUCAGAGCUGGAAGUCCUCAGUUGGUUUUGUUACUUUUAUGGCACCAAGGCGCGUUUGACGCAUUCUUUAGUAAGAUGCCCCUUCCCCCCUCCUUCCUUAGGUUCUUUUUACAACUGAAAUUAUCAAUACAUUACAAAUGGGGAAAGGAAAAGCGCAGACGUUUCCCCUUCAGCCUCAUGAAAGCCCGAGGAAAUUAGACAGAGAGAAAACAAACAAACAAACAUCACGGUGAUAUCUACUGAAUAAAAAAAGAUUAGCGUGGUCCUUUUUUGCCAUGAUGAAUCCUGGUGACCGUUUAUCAGUAUAACAAUGUGUAGAAUGAGAAGAUUUAGUUUUUAGUUAUCGGAAUAUCCGGAAUAUCAAUGUAAUUCGCACCUUUAAAAAAGAGGGUUGGUGAUAAAUUGUGUGCGGAUACAAUAGCCUAUAUGUAAACUAGCUGAAUAGCUCGUCACAUUCUUUUUUACCUAUAACAUACAUAAGAGACAAUUACUUAUUAUGUAUUACAAUUUAUUACGCCCUGAAGGUAGAAGUGUCGUCAUGAUUAAGAUAUUCCAUAUUAUAUUCAUUGUUUUAUUUCUAUAUAGUCUGCAUCAGUAAAGUAAAAGCUGCUAAAACGAAUCAUCCAGGUAACUCGUUAAGAUUAAAUGUUGCUCAUUGUAAAAUGCGUGUAAUACUUCGAGAAUCACUCUCUCAAUACACGUGGACAGGCUUCACAACAGAACACAGAACAAACUAACUUGCUGAUAAAUGUACAAAAAAGUCGUAAUUGCUCGUUCAUGUGUGUGUGAUUCUGCGUUUCUUAGUGUGUAUGUGUGUGUGUUUACUUAAACAUUAUAAACUGAAACCACUGGGAUAAGAAGCUACAAGCUCGAUAUUCCUACGGUACACAGCGAAUUCAAUUGGCUGAAAGUGGUCAGGUGACGCUGUCAUAUUGUCCUUCCAUGAGCCAAGCCUUGGCUAUAACACUUGGUUUGCGCGUCUUAACCGGAGACUGGAAAUUAAUAUUAUUGAAAUCCUUCUGAAGUUCAUUUGAAAGAGAGUUAGCAAAGCAGACAGAAGACGUGUGUACAUGACAGAAGGAAAGCGAAGCACAAAGAAAGUGUGAGAUUGAGGAAGGGGAAAUAAGAUAGGAGGGCGAGUUGAUGAGAGGGCGAUAGGGAAGGUAUGAAUUCGUAUUUCGCGAACCCGUCGCUCUCCUGCCAUUUAUCUGGUGGGCAAGAGGUUUUGCCCAACAUGCCUCUGAACACGACCACAUACGAUUCAGUCAGACAUUUUUCUUCUUAUGGCACCACGGUGACCCAAAACCGGAUUUAUGCGUCCCCUUUCUAUUCACCUCAAGAUAACGUUGUGUUUGGAUCAAGUCGAGGACCGUACGAGUAUGGAUCUAACGUGUUUCUCCAAGAUAAGGACGUGCUUCCCAGUUGCAGACAAACUAGUAUGGGACUCAAUGCGCAGAGCCACGUUGCCCAGGAGUACAGCCUGGAACAAGCUCGUGCAGGAACACAGGAACAGAAGGGGAACAACAUUCAGAUCUUCCCGUGGAUGCAACGUAUGAACUCGCACAGCGGAGUUGGGUACGGGUCAGACAGAAGAAGAGGUCGCCAGAUUUACUCCAGAUACCAAACCUUGGAAUUGGAAAAAGAAUUUCACUUCAAUCGCUAUUUAACCAGACGCAGACGCAUCGAGAUCGCCAACGCUCUAUGCCUAACCGAGCGUCAAAUCAAAAUCUGGUUCCAAAAUCGGCGCAUGAAGUGGAAGAAAGAGACCAAUCUAACUUCUACUGUACCGGGGACCGAAUCGACGGGUACUUCUCAGGAGACCGAGAAGGAGACCGAAGAGGAGACAGAAGAAGCUAAGAAAAAGGAUUAGGAAACCGUGUUUUCGAACGCCUGUUAACUGCAACGUAACUACCUAAACUCUGAGAAUUGCAAAUAUUAAUGCAUGGACCGUAUACUCCGCUAUUUCUUUGAUCGCCCCCCUCCUCAAACCAGCAACCACACACACAACUACCACCAAGUCACUAACAUAUACACAUGUAGAAACAAAAGGAGAGAUUAAAAGGGAGAGAGAAGCGCACGUUAUGCACCAUUAUGCAAUUCACUACUCUUUGUAUUGAAUAGGAUAAAAUGCCACAAAGUGGUAUAAAAUGCCACAAAGUAUCUAUUUGUGUGGUUGACAGCUGUAGUAUUAUCAUGUUGCUAUAGGCUAUUAGAAAAUUACUUGGAUAAAAUUGUAUUGUAAUUUGAUAGGCUGUUUCCCCAACUAUACAGCCUCCAAACAAAGUAUCCUAAGCAUUCCAAAAGUCAAUGUAACUUCUAUGCACAUUCAGUGUUUUUUGUCCACGCGUAUUUGUACAACGAUGCAAGCACUGACGGGAUGAUCUAUACUACCUAAAUCCUUGAUACAUUGUAUUUUCCUUUUUUUCUUAAUUUUGCCUUUGCCCCGUCAGUGUUGUGAUGUUUAAAAUGCCACUGUACAUCAUAAUUGUAGCUGUAUGCAUAUAAACUUGUCUUAAAAGAAAAUCCAUAUGAAAAAAUGUAUACCUUGGUACGCAAUUAUAUUGUUUGUGUAAACUGUGUAUUAUUUAAUAAAA